ACAAGGCAGGGUGUGGGUGCAUGGACACGGCGGCGUGCGGAUGCAUCCCCCGUGGGUGCACGGACACGGCAGGGUGUGGGUGCAUGGACACGGCAGGGUGUGGGUGCACGGACACGGCAGGGUGUGGGUGCAUCCCCCGUGGUUGCAUGGACACGACGGGGUGUGGGUGCAUCCGCCGUGGACGCGGUCACGCCUUCGGGCACACUCCUGGCCUCACGAGCUCCAGGUCGUGGAGCCGCCCGUCCCCCGUGAAGUGUCACAGGCCGUGCUGGCGGAGUUCGCAGCCCCCGCCCCUCCGCCUGGCACGGCUGAGCGGGCUGCGGGCCGGCGAUGAGCUCCCGGGCGCUGCCGUCGGCAGAGAGCACUGUUCAGUCGCUGCUCGCCUCGCCUGGGGCCGUUUCUCUGGACACAAAGCCUUGGCAAGUUCCUGCCGUGCUCUCGGGUUCGCGGGGCUCAGCACGCUCCGCUCGGGUAGUUCGCAGCCCAGUGUGAGCAGAUACACUCCCUUUGCAUGCGGGGAGCCCCUUCCCGUCACGGGCUCUGCUUGAGCCGCACCGGCAGCUGCGGGAGAGGCAGCGCCCAGCCCGCCCGCGGGGCUGUCUCUGUGCGGGUGCCUUCCCUGUGUGCUGGGGAGGGCUGUGCUUCAUGCCAGCGACUCUAGGGGUGUACAGUCUCCGGGUGCUGCUUACUGUCUGCAGGCAGGUUUGCAAGCCCUGGGUAGCGGAGCAAAGCCCUGAAGCCUCAGGGUCCACUCUCCGCUGUCCCUUUUAGGAGGAGUGGCCUCCCGUCCCUGGGAAUGAGCCAGGUUUGCCCAUCCUUGAUACUGAACCUGGAAACGCCACAAGCUCUCUGUUCCCUCCCCCGAAGAGCUGGCACCAAGCACAACCCAGCAUCUCCUCUAAAAUGCCUAUUUCUGCCUGGGGCUGCCCCGGCAGAGCUGAGGGUGGCCCUUGGCCUGAGCUUGCGUGGUGCAGGACCCCAGAGUGCCAGGCCGGAGGCAGACAGCUCCUGCCACACUGCUCUUCCUGCUGCUCACUCACGUUUCACAGGGCUGUGACCCCUGUGGGCUCACAUCGUCCUGAGCCCUGCAGUGGGGCGGGCAGCAACCCGAACCUGGCGGCUGGGGUUUCAGAGCCAGGGCAGGGUGGCUGUGCUCCUGGGGUCACCUCCUCAUUUGCGCCGUGCCCCGGCGGAGACAUCCCCAGGGCAGACAGGUGCCUCUCUCUGAGACGAGGGGAUGCAGGGGCUCUGGGCAAGCCAGACUGCUGUCCCUGCCCAGCAGCUCUCUGUGCCUCUUCCUGCCAGCUCUUGCCCUGCUGUGCCGGAGGCUGUUGCCAUGACCCUGACUAAAGGCUCCUUCACCUACUCCAGCGGGGAGGAGUACCGCGGCGAGUGGAAGGAAGGUCGCAGGCACGGCAUUGGGCAGCUGACGUUUUCCGAUGGCACCGCCUACGUGGGGCACUUCGAGAACGGGCUGUUCCACGGCUGUGGCGUGCUCACCUUCUCUGACGGCUCCAGGUACGAGGGGGAGUUUGUGCAGGGCAAGUUCAAUGGCGUUGGAGUCUUUACCCGCUGCGACAACAUGACCUUUGAGGGCGAGUUCAAAGGCGGGCGCGUGUAUGGCUUCGGUCUCCUGACUUUCCCUGACGGCUCCCACGGGGUGCCCCGCAACGAGGGCUUCUUUGAGAACAACAAGCUGCUGCGGCGGGAGAAAUGCACAGCCAUCAUCCAGAGGGCCCAGGGUGCCUCCAAGUCUGCCCACAACCUGACAGCGUGACGGUGCCCCACAUCCCCUCCUACCAGAGCAGGGAUGCCCCCCUACUUGGGCAUUGGCUGGCCCUGCUGGCCCUGGAGCAGGGAUGUGGCACUGCUGGGUGCUUCCUGGCCCUUUGUCCCCACCAAGCAUUCUUCUACUGAACCCCUGCUGCUGGAGGGGAUGGGACCCUCCGCUCUCCACCCAAGUGCCCUGGGGCAGCCAUGGUGCCUUCUUUUUCUGGCUGUAGCCCUGGCACCUGCUGGAGCAGCAGGAGGGCAGGGUGGUUGGAGCUUGGCCCCUCUGUCUCCCAGGAAGACUGUGGACCACUGGGGCUGCAAGCCUGCUGCAGAGGAUGGAGUAGUGGGAUAGGGGCUGGUCCCUGACCCCACUGCCAGGGUGCCUUGGCUGGGAGCUGCUGGCUGGACCAUGUACCCCCAGAGGGGCAGCUCCUGGCUUGCUUCGCUGCCCUGAUCUGGAGGCAGGAUGGGCACCCUGGGCACGCUGUGGCCUGCACCCUCAGUACUGGGUGACUGGCCAUCCCCCAGCAUGCCCAUGGGUAGGGUGGCAUGGUGUCCCUGAAGAACCCAGCCUGCUCUCGAGGCCAGCUGAUGGUCUGUGUUCCCCUUAUCCCCGUGCCAAUCUGCCUCACCCGCUGCCUUGGUGACACCAGCAGCAGCAGUAUCCCCACCAAGGAGGAUGGGGGAAUGCCCAGCCUGGCGCAUAUCUGCUGCGUGUUGGUGGAGGGUGGGAGCAAUCGUGAGCAAGGAGCAGGGUCAGCAGGAGCCUGGGAUGAGGGGCACAAGCAGAGCUGCAUGGGGUGGCAAAGCUGGAGCAGGGGGCCUGGGCAGGGUGGGAGGGGAUAGAGGCAUGGCAAAGGGGCAGGCAGGGGGCACACAGCUCCCCAUUUUGCCCUCCACAUGCAUUCUUCAUCUCCCUGCUGCAUGCUCACCUUCACCCCCGGUGUGGUCCGGCUGGCUGUGGCACAGGGGUCCUGGCAGCCCUCACUGCCUGGUGUGGGGCCGCAGGGGCCAUGCCCUCCCUACCGGUCUCUGCUCACACCGGUCCCGUGCCUUGCCGUGACCCUGCCUUGUGCUGCUGCCUGCACGGGCCUCAGCUGAGUAAACCAUGUUGCCAAA